CGCCGCGGAGACUGCUGGGAGCAAAGGAGCGGUUACAAGAAGCAUCGCGCACCCUCUAUGGCCGCGCCUUGGGUCCUGUUCUACGCCGUCUGUGUGUUGCGGGUGGUGCUGGCCACCGUCUACUUCCAGGAAGAGUUUCUAGACGGAGAGCGCUGGAGGAACCGAUGGGUGCAGUCCACCAAUGACUCCCAAUUCGGGCAUUUUAGACUCUCGUCAGGGAAGUUUUAUGGCCAUAAAGAGAAAGACAAAGGUCUGCAAACCACUCAAAAUGGCCGAUUCUAUGCCAUCUCUGCACGGUUUAAACCGUUUAGCAAUAAAGGGAAGACGCUGGUCAUUCAGUACACAGUGAAACACGAGCAGAAGAUGGACUGUGGAGGGGGCUACAUUAAGAUCUUCCCUUCGGAUGUAGACCAGAAGAACCUGAGUGGGAAGUCCCAGUACUAUGUUAUGUUUGGACCUGAUAUUUGUGGAUUUGAUAUCAAGAAAGUUCAUGUUAUUUUACAUUUCAAGAAUCAGUAUCAUUCAAACAAGAAACCUAUCAGGUGUAAGGUUGAUGGCUUUACACACCUCUACACUCUGAUCUUAAGACCAGAUCUCACUUAUGAAGUGAAAAUUGAUGGCCAGGUGAUUGAAUCCGGCAGCAUUGAGUAUGACUGGAACUUAACAUCCCUGAAGAAGAUGGAGAAGUCUUCAGCAGAGUCCAAGGACUGGGAGCAGGAGGAAGAGGACAAGCUCCAGUGCAUAUGUGCUGAAACCAGCCACAGAUCUGCAUGCCUCAAGGUGAGAUCUGGAACCAUCUUCGAUAACUUCCUGAUCACAGACGACGAAGAGUAUGCUGAGAAUUUUGGCAAGGCCACCUGGGGUGAAACCAAGGACCCAGAAAGGGAGAUGGAUGCCAUCCAGGCCAAGGAGGAAGUGAAGAAGGCCCGUGAGGAAGAUGAGGAGGACCUGCUGAUGGGCAGGUUUGAUGGGAGAGAAAAUAAUUUCCGGAGAUUUCACAAGAGGGAUGAACUUUAGUCACCCCCCCCAGAUAAAGAUGACUGGUAAACCUUGUUUCUACUUGAAUCUACAUUUAAAAGCUCAAACGUCUACGUA